GACAACUAUUACGGCAUUCUCAAAGGUUCCCUCUCCAACAAAGUCCCCAGCUCAAGAUCUUAUAACAUCAUGCGCACCUCGAUUAUCAGUCUUUUUCUGCUGGCCAUUUGUCUUUUGACCCGAGCAGAUGUCUCUCAGCUGGUGAGAUCUGGCAAUGGAUUUUUGUACGAUGUGCCCAAGGUCACAGAACUGGAACUGGAGGUCAGCAACGAAUUUCCCACGGGCGAAGAGUUCCCCCAGGAUGCUAUUCCGGUGGCUCCCUCCGAUGCAGAACUUGGCCAGGCUGAGGAACUGGAGGAACCAGUGGUCACCGCAGCAUCCAGCACUACUUCCUCGAAGAAAAUCCAUGGCUACAAAUACCAGGUGCCCAGCCGGCGCUUCAAGAGCUAA